AUGUUAAAAGAUGAAAGAGAUCCGAUUUCAUCAAUUUAUUCACACUCAACAGAAACAAAUGUACGAUUUACAGGAAUGAAAAAUCGAAAAAUGAUUAAAUCAGCUUCAUUGAAUGUACCAUUUUAUGAGGACGUGACAUCGCAUGUCUUAUCAUUUAAAUGUUUGUUUUGUGAUGCAUAUAUAUUUACAUUACGGAGCUUCAUAAUUCAUUUAAAAAGUUCGCAUUCAAAUGAAAAUAUAUCGCAAGUGCUCAAUGAUCAAUUUCGGUCAUGUAUUACUUCGGUUGAAAAGGAAAAAGUUGUAAUUGUUACAUAUGCUUUUCCACGUGAAGAUGUUGAUUUUUGCUGGAAUAUAAGUGAUGAUGCAUCAUCGAAUUCCGAUACAUCUUUAUGCUCACCGAAAAGUAUCAAUUGUUAUCGUGAUUUGGAAUAUGAGAAACAGAAAGCACCGAGUGGUAAUCCAGCAAGUGCUAUUGCAUCGAGAGCAGUUUCAAUUGAGAAUGACUGUCAUUCGAAAUAUUAUCUUAAUACUUUAAAUAAUGGAAAUGUUGGACAGAAAGAUAAUAAUGAUAGUAGCAAUCUUCAAAAUGAUGCGCAACUUAUGAAAAAUUUAUCGCAACGAAUUUCUGAUAUCUCAACGAAUCAAACUUCAUUGGAUGACAUAAAAGAUUGCACAUCAAAUAACGUGCCAAUAUUACUUGCGGAAAGUACACGUCGACGUCAACUGUCAGCUUUUGAGAAAAUGAUGGCAUUAACUUGUCAGAAAUGUGGGCAAAAAUUUAAAAAUCGUUGUAUGCUAACACGUCAUGCUAUUGAACAUAAACGAGCCAAUAAUCCAUAUCGAUGCACAAUUGAUGGUUGUUUGGAUUCAUACGCGGAAAAACGAAAAUUAAUUGCACAUUUAAAUUACAAGCAUACCGAAUUGUCAAAGAAAGAACGAGAAGUAAUGGUAAUGAAAGGUGAUGAAUUAUUGAAAAAGCUACGUGAUAUGUUAGUUAUUACUUUUACUACUACAGCAAGCAAUGAUCAACCAGUGUCAUUUACUACCACUGAUAUCAUAUCAACUAAUCAUAUUUUAAAGAAUAUGAUCGAAAAUGUUGAAUGUGAAAAAAAUGAUGAAAGUUUGCUGAAAACAAUAAAAUCAGCUAAUUUUGAUAAUUUUGACAUUAUGCCACCACCACCAUCAGCACCACCUAUUACUAAUUCUACAGGUGUAAUAUUUUUCAAGUUUUAUUUUGCUUAA